GAUACCUUGAAAAAUUUUUUGGCGCGGGCUUGGCCGCACUUGCCUGAGAUGCGCACAGGAAUUUUCGUCGCGUGACAUUACCAGCUAGAUACAACAAAGUGUGCUUAUUAACAGAAUCGCUUCAUUCUUUUCGAUAUCUUUAUCCCUACCUAAGCAUGCUUGUUCAAAGAUCAAAGAAAUCCUUUCCUUUCCACUUGUACAUGGACAUGCGUCCACUGAGGACUUUGUGUUGCGCUGUUUGAAACAUAUGCACUCAGCCCCAGGUUUCGGGGAUAACAGAGCUCACAGUCAUGCCACAUAUGAGGGAUCAGGCCCUUGUAACAAUCACAUGCGAGCGAUCGUCGACUUCUCUGUCCACAAGUCCCCCAUCGGGGCAAGCUCUGUCCUACCUCCAGGAACUCACUUCCAAUUCACUCUCUUCGUUCGUCUGGUCGUCCGUCACCCGUGCCAGAGAUGCUGUUUACAGGCUUAGGGCUAAGCCAGGAAAUGCGGAGGAGAUGCGAAUUAAGGAAAGAAAACGUAUCCUCUCUAUAAGGCUUCAAGAUGCUACAACGCUCCACGAUUGGUUGGACAUUGCGAGUGAACUUGAUGAACUUGAUGGCAACAAUGAAUGGAAGGCGACUUUUGAAUGUGACGAAUAUAAUCCAUCACUAGUUCAACGAAGACUACAUCAGCUCGAGAAGGCCCGGCGUAGCUGUGAUGCAGCGGCUAUGACCCAUAUUAUCCGCACUUCCCUAAGCCGUGAUCUUGGAGGCAUGACCAAUAGCGACAUGUAUAACCACUCGCGAAUCGGGACGAAGAACCUGGUAGAUCAGUAUAUCACGACCGCUGCCGAAACCCUAUCGACUUUGCUGGAUGUGUCGCGAAAAUACGAUUUCGAUGGCUCCGAGUCGAGAUACCUGCUGGAACAGCUCCUUGCCGCUCGGCAAGCGUUUGGCCGAAGUGCACUUCUACUUUCAGGAGGCGCUACUUUUGGCAUGAACCAUAUUGGUGUUGCGAAGGCGCUUUGGGAGACACGAUUAUUGCCACGCAUUAUCUCCGGUUCCUCUGCGGGUAGCAUUGUUAGUGCUGUUCUGGGUGUCUAUACGGACGAGGAAAUGCCUGAGAUCCUUUCAAACUUUGGAUGUGGCGACUUUUCUGUAUUCAGUGACGAGGACGACAGGCUGCAAGUCUUUCAACGAUUGAUGAGGUUUCUUAAACACGGCUCAUUUUAUGACAUUGCCCACCUGACCCGAGUGAUGAGGGAUUUGCUAGGCGAUGUGACUUUCCAGGAGGCAUACUAUAGGACAAGGAGGAUUUUGAACAUUGGCGUCUCCAACGCUGGCAUUUACGAGUUGCCAAGGUUGCUGAACUACAUCACCGCCCCGAACGUUUUGAUUUGGUCCGCAGUAGCCACAUCAUGUUCUGUUCCGCUAAUAUUUUCGUCGUCAUCCUUGAAGGCGAAGGACCCAAUCACUGGAGAGAUAACGGAGUGGCACGAUGCGCCUCAUCGGUGGAUCGACGGCUCGGUCGACCAUGAUUUGCCAAUGACGCGCUUAUCAGAAAUGUUCAACGUCAACCAUUUCAUUGUUUCCCAGGUCAAUCCACACGUUGUCCCUUUUAUUCCACAGGAGGAGACCUUCUUUCUCAGCGAUGUCGUGGAAAAGCAGUUGGAGUCAAGUUGGAUGAAGUAUCUUACAAGGGUGGCAAGAGAGGAGGCGUUGCAUCGAAUGCACAUUCUUUCUGAGAUCGGGGUGUUCCCUAACAUCCUAAAAAAACUCAGAUCUAUUAUGAGCCAAAGAUAUCACGGAGAUAUCAAUAUCCUUCCUCGGAUACCGUAUGACGUAUUCCCGAGCAUCCUAAGAAAUCCUACCUCGGAAUUCAUGGUCCAGGCCUGCCUCUCUGGUGAAAGGGCGACUUGGCCCAAGCUGGGUAGGAUAAGAAAUCACUGCGCAGUUGAGCUUGCCUUAGACUCUGCUGUCCAAACCAUGCGAGCCAGAGUUAUUUUCCGUGUUGAUCAUGUUGAUCCGCUAGUACGCACAGUAAUUGCGCGGACCCCAGAUCGCUCCGCGCUUCAUCAACGAAGAAUCCGUGCUCAACGGAGCAGUUCGUUCGACGCAGAGGCUGGCGAAGUCUCACAGAAUAAUAGACUGCCCAAUCAUAAACUCCGCAAAUCACGAAGUUCCGCAUCGCAUGAGAAUAUUGGCUUCGAUGCCACCUAUUCACGGAUGCCCACAGAAAGGGUCGGCGUUCAACUGCAAAGGCCGAUGUUGUCGAAGAUAUCUGCGGCCCAGAAAGCUAACAUUAGGAUCCCUUCUACUCUUGGGUUAGAGCCGGACGAUGGCCAGUUGGACGUUGAACUACCUCAGAAUUUUCGACUCCCCGAACCUAUUUUACCAAAUGAAACCCCAUAUUCGAAUAUGUCAGAGUGGGCCAGUGCUAGUAGGGCGCAAAGUCCAGCUCGGUCACGUCGCCCUUCCAAUCCGCAUGUUCCAGCCACUAUGCCAACUCCGUCAUCGGUUGCGGCUACAGCGGUCCUGUCUGCAGCCGCACUACCCGCGCUCAUCAUGAGAUCUGGAUCGGUGACUGGCCCACCGUCUCCUACUGAACAACACCGACGCCCGUUUCAUCCAUCGUAAGAUUCGAGCUACUAAUGAUAUAGCGGCGGUACUCCGUAGUGCCAAUCUGCUUCGGUUUGUGCUUGGACCGGUAUUAAAGUCACUGGACAAGCACUUGUAUUCCCAUAUCGUUUAAGUUUUUGUUGUUUCCUUGCCUCCAUGGAUAUCUCUGUAGUAACAAGUUGGGGAUUCCGGUGGCCUCACGGGAAAGUCCAAGCCGGAGUGCAUCACAACGAUCUGCCUGCGAAGUACUCCGAAGGAUGAUAACUCUUAUCGCUCCUCAAGAACCCGUCUGCUUGAAAUAACCGCCUCCCUCUUCCGACCAAAGCAUCGUUUGCGGAUUCCUAGUCGUUUGAGACAGACUGGAUAGACACGGGCUAUAGUUGUUUUUUGUAUUUUGGCCAGCUGUAAUGUAUCAUUAGAUGUAUCUGCACCUACCUAGUUAUGCACUCUACAUAAGUAACUUACAUUGCCGCCCUCAGUCGUAUUGACAAGCGCACCUGUUGCUGAAGAUCCCUGAGAGUCUAAAUUUUUUUGGUGUAGAUUAAAGCUCCAACAAGUCACACAAAUGGUGCGUAAAGGGGCAUUAUUGUUAGAUUACAUCAACCUUUUUGCCUUGCAGGGUUGCUCGCAGUUGAACGUACCAGGGCUAUUCCCUCAACUACUAAUGACCUGAUGAAACCACACAAACCGGAUUACUCCGUACCGUUGAACAUUGUGGCCCCUCAAUACACUAGACAUACCAUACUCAGCACAUCAUCUCUACACUCUCUGAUCAUAUUGAAUUUUCAUAGUUUAUGAGACUCUAGCUCAUUCUUACUCUUUCUAAUACUAAUUCCAGUUUUUAAUCCUCUAAUCUACAUCUCUACACUAAGAAACUGAGUGUUGAGAAGAGAAUGAGAAAGAAGAAUCAACAUUGUGUGUAUUAUCUAUCUGGCUAGCAAGGUUCUCUAUAUACAAUGAGAGAUGCAGUAGCCACAGCAACUAUCAAUAUAUUAUGUGUGAGAUGUGUACUCCGUCCAUACCCCACACAAACUGCUCGUAGAGAGAAAUCGUUACUAAUAACGAGGACCGCUGUUCCCUUACAGCCCCCAUCUCGCUCCCACUCGGCCGCUACAUUGAUUCUUUCCCCACCUAACCGUGUAUGAUUCCUUGGCCAUGCAUGCUGUGCUUAAACCUAGACAACUACCCGCCGGGGGCCGAUUGUGGGGUGAGUAAAGGAGGGGAGGGUGACCAGCUCUGCACAACGAUGAUGAGAAAUCAGCUUUGCAAAUGCCGCACUGAUUGAUUGGUGAUCCGAUGAGUACAUGGGGCCGAAGUCGAUCCCUGUGGCAAAUGCUAUUCGGACUGAUUAUUGGCUUCUACAAGUCGAAGUCUAGACUGGGGGAAAGGAGGGGCCAAAGGGAGAGACAGCAGCCAGUUUGUGAAUAAUAAUAGAAUUGAGUGAGUGGAAUGCGAUCUCUGUGGUCCUGGGCAAUGGGCAAAUAGGAAUUACGAUCCUCCCAAUGUUUCCCGCAUUCCUAGUAAAUUACAAUGUCCGCCAGUUGUGCUCGAGAUAAGUCAUCCUUGGAAGGUUAUAAAUUUGAUCUGCACAUUGCGACCUGGCCCCUGUCAUCAGCCCCGGCGGGCGCCGAGUAUUUGGCCCAAAUUUCCCAUUUAAGUGAAUUAAGCUCCAUUUGAGGCCAUUUGAGGAGCGUUAUGUUAUCUACCUUAACUUUGUUCCCUGUCUCCAGGCGUACGUUUCAUGGAUUAUUUUUUAUCGGGAUGCUCGCUAUUAAAACUCCAAUUAGCGUGAUCGUCCCGGGAAGGGCGCGCGCAUCCUGGCGAAAUUGACUGCGCUCUUCGGAGAAACUAUGCCAACGAUGCAAACGUAUAAAACGAAGCGCAAAUCCGGGCCCUUGCGGGUGCAAUCACGAGUGUGACCAACAGGGUGAAGGUUUUCCCCUUAGCAUCCUUGUUGAGGGGUUGAUACAUCCAUGAACGAGGUAUUCCCGGUGGUAGAAGCGGAUUUUUUACCUAGGCGUCUGGAUACUAGGUAGUUCACUGCCAAUGUGAAGUUGGAAGCAAGAAUAAAAGCUUGAUUGCUUAUUUCUUGAGACCAAGCUUUUUCGCAGGGAAUAAUCGGCUGUUUCUUCUCUUUGAGUAAAAUAAAUAUGGGAGCUUUCCUUCAUCUCAUAGGGUUAGCAUGGUCCGAUAUUCUGUUUAUUGAAUUAUUUUUCUUCUUCUUCGCCUUUGCCCCGUGGAGCUAAAACUAGGAGGAUGACGGCGUGGAGAUGCCACAUCAUAUACUUGAAUCUAUGUACGGAGUACUUGUGUACUCCGUAGUAAUACUUGCUUUAAAAUGGUGGGGGCUGGAAGUUUGUGUAAUUCCCAAAUACCAAUAGUCGUGUUUUCUUUUCUGGCCUGUCAAGUUAACUUCGCGGCGGUUGGACUCUCAGGAAGGGAGCAUCAAAUAUGGGCAUCCAAGUUUUCGGUCGCGUUAAUGCCUGCCUUGAUGAUUCUGCUAUCCACCGUACGUGCAUGUAAGCUAGCAGAGUCUUCUAGUAAAAACAGGGGAAUGCUUAUUAAAUUAUUUUCUGUUGCCUCAGGGCAAGGCAUCUAGAUUUGCGAUUGGUGCAUUGCUAAAAUGGUUGUCAAGCGGGCUUGCACAGGAUGCGCGAUUACAUAGGAUGUGCGUUAAAAGUUUCCGUUGGCAAUAAUCAUCAUCGUCCUUUUCCGUUUCUCAUUUUGCUCCAUCUCCCCCUCGGAUCCCAGAUGACCACAGCCAAUCAAUGAGCAGCUGCCCCUCAUUAGAACGACUUCUGAUGGGAAGCUGAGCGGGUUUUUGUUCACACCCGCAGGUAACACACUCGUUAGUUAGCAAGCAAAUUUACUUAUCCGACUGAAUACCGAUGAUUUUGCCUGUAUAGGUGAUGGAUUUCCGCUUUUGUGUUCAUACAUGGCAGCCUGGAGACACAUACGUCCUCUUGUGGGGAAAUCGGGCCACUGUUAAGCGCUGUGCCGCCCGAUCUGAGUAUUAGUGCCGGGAGAUAGCCAAUAAAAAGGCCAUUGUCAAAACUGCGAAGGAGAAGGAUAUCUCGAUGUUGAUCGCGGGUUAAUCGCUUUGGGGGUGUAGCAGGGGUUCCAGAGUUUCUCAGGCCUCCGGAGGUGCAAUAGGAGGUUCAAGAAUAGCAAGGAGAUCCAUCUUGAUGAUAAUAGAAUGAGUAUAGGCACGUACGGGGGAAAUAAUAAGGGCCUGUUCGGUGCGGCUAUGUGUACUCGUAAAAAAGUACAGCCCCAAUAUAAUGACUGUUUGGUGGGCAGAGUGGCUGUACUAAUAUUACAGCUGCUUUUUGCAAAGUAACUUACAGAUGAAAAAGGUCAGAUGUUUAGUGAAUUGAGUAGCUGUACUUUCAUCUUUUAUCUCUCUAUUUACUCUUUAUCUCUCUCUUUAUUAUAAAAAAAACCAACUUUCCUGUACAAAAUGCC